AUGCAAAAAGAGGAAAGGUUUUUUGCUGGAAAUGAUAAGCAGAACAACGCGAACAACGUCGCCGAAAAGAAACAAGAAGAAAGGGGUUUGGAAAUCAAAGAUUCAGCAAUAGCACAAUAUUUGAAUUUUCCAUCUGCGUCUGUAUUUGAGAGAUCCCGCGGCCGUCACGAGAUCGCAAUGAGAUGGGUAUGUGAGUUGCUCCUCGUUGUAGCUGUUGAAGCAGUCAUUGACAAAGACUACAACUCCAUCGAAGAGGAGCGCUCCAUGGAACUCCCGUCUUCAGCAGAGUUGACGAGACCAGCACGUUAUAGAAACUGCACUCGUGACACCGAUAUCAUCGACCAGCUGCUUAAUGGCACUGGCUACAACAAAUUCCGGAUACCACAAGACGAAGGAAUGACUGUCUCUGUGGAGAUUUGGAUCCAGGCAAUCACUUCGAUAGACGAAUUGACAAACGACUUCGACAUGGAUAUCUACAUUACUGAAAGAUGGCUGGAUCCUGCGCUCAACUUCGAGAAUCUUUCGCCCUGUAAAGGCAAUCUUUCGCUCAAUCACCAAGUUCUUGAUCGAUUAUGGACACCGAAUAGUUGCUUUAUAAAUAGUAAAGUUGCUCAUAUUCACGAAUCACCCUUUAGAAGUGUGUUUCUGAUGUUGUUCCCCAAUGGCAGCAUUAUGGUCAACUAUCGCGUACGAGUGAAAGGGCCAUGCUCAAUGGAACUCAGUAAUUUUCCCUUAGACUUACAAAAAUGUGGAUUAAUCUAUGAAAGUUUCAAUUACAAUAAUCAAGAAGUACGAAUGCGAUGGUCGUCUGAUACCGGUGAUCCCGUGCGGCCUAUGGCUGAAAUUGUACUACCCGACUUUGAUCUCUUCAAAAUCACAGCAAACAGGAUAGAAGAGCCUUAUCCAGCUGGAAUGUGGGACGAGUUGCAUGUAUCAAUAAUGUUUGAGAGACGAUUUAUUUGGUACUUUAUGCAAGCAUAUCUACCAACUUAUCUUACCAUAUUCAUCAGCUGGGUUUCGUUUGCGCUUGGCCCAAGGGCCAUACCUGCAAGGACGAUGCUGGGCGUGAAUGCUUUACUGGCUAUGAUCUUUCAGUUUGGUAACAUUAUGCGGAACCUACCUCGAGUCUCAUAUAUCAAAGCUAUCGAUGUUUGGAUGUUGGCGUCGAUGACAUUCAUCUUCUGUAGUCUACUCGAACUUGCCAUUGUUGGAUAUAUGGUCCGAGACGAAAACAAGACUGUUAGCAAAAGUUCGAUCAAAAAAUCUAAGCCUCUUUCUGAUGAAUCCCCGCGAGGUUCACUUUUGUACGAAAAACGCUUCAUGCUCCCAGCUGGUUGUAAUGCACCAAGAUCUAUAUCUAAGACAUCGUCGCCAUGGCCGCCGGAAAAGAUAGAUACAAUAUCAAGUAUUAUGUUCCCGCUCAGUUUCUUCAUAUUCAACAUUGUGUACUGGUCAUAUUAUCUACAACGAAAGCAAGAAAUAUCAGACUCUAUGCAAAAAUUGUGAUUUAUCAAUAAUAUGAAUUGCUAAUAAAAUGUAUUGAUUCGAUUUUUU